CCUAUAGGAUCCGAGCUGCCAGCGGAACCCUGCUUUUCCUCACUUUAAAUCCAGCUGGCAAGCACAGGUGCUGAAAGAGGGAGAGACUGGCAAUGCAGCGUGACAGCAGCUACCAAAAGUUCUUGCUUUUUGUAAUUCCCUUGUUUUGGACUUGGUUCUGCUCAGCAGACCUGGCGCUGAGAAUUUAGCAAGCCUCCACUGUGAAAAUGCCUCCCACUUACUGGUCUUUGAAUUUGACAAAUGGCUUUCCAGAGCUGAGGAACACCUGACAGCGAGACAAGUCAAAAGGCAAGUUUCAGGAUUCAAACUAUGCUAGAAAAUAUUCUCCUUUCACCUUAUGGAAACAGUACUCCCUGUGCAAGCUGCAGCUGCUUUCUUGGCUUGUUUAUUGUCAAGAUCUGUCACAAAGCGAUAUGACUUUUAGACUCUUCUGACUGUUUAAAGCCAGCAAGCAGAAGCAAAAUUAAAGCCAAAAAUUUAUUCGAUCAUCUCCCAGGAAGAAAGUUGUCUUCAGAGAAGAGCAACGCAGGACAAUGGCAUCUGAAGGCUGCCUUCUGCUAGACCUAGAAACAGAUAACUUCAUUCUCUACAACCUUUCUGUCAACCAGAGUGCAAACCUCUCCCUUCUCGGAGAUGAGUGGUUCUACCCAGCAUUCCUUUAUGCCAUCCCCACAAUCUACGGGAUCAUUAUUUUGAUAGGCCUUAUUGGCAAUAUCACUUUGAUUAAGAUCUUCUGUACUGUAAAAUCUAUGAGAAAUGUCCCUAACUUGUUCAUCUCCAGUCUGGCUCUGGGAGACCUGCUGCUGUUAGUGACUUGUGUGCCCGUGGAUGCCAGCAGGUACCUUGCUGAUGAGUGGCUGUUCGGCAGAACUGGAUGCAAACUUAUCCCCUUCAUACAGCUCACCUCUGUAGGGGUGUCAGUCUUUACUCUCACUGCUCUUUCAGCUGACAGGUAUAAAGCUAUAGUAAGGCCAAUGGAGAUCCAAGCAUCCCAUGCGCUGAUGAGUAUUUGUAUGAGAGCUGCUAUAAUCUGGAUUGUUUCCAUGUUGCUUGCCAUCCCUGAAGCAGUGUUUUCAGAUCUGCACCCUUUCCAUGACAAAGGGACUAAUAAAACCUUCAUCAGCUGUGCUCCUUACCCACAUUCAGACGGGCUGCUGCAUCCCAAAAUUCACUCAAUGGCAUCAUUUCUCAUCUUUUAUGUCAUUCCUCUAUCUGUCAUUUCAGUCUAUUAUUAUUUCAUUGCUAAGAAUUUAAUCCGGAGCGCUUACAACAUCCCUGUGGAAGGCAACGUGCACGUGAGGAAACAGAUUGAAUCCCGUAAACGUCUUGCCAGGACAGUACUGGUCUUUGUGUGCCUCUUUGCUUUCUGCUGGCUCCCUACUCACAUUAUCUAUUUAUACCGGUCAUACCACUACUCAGAGGUAGACACCUCAGUGCUACAUUUCAUUGCCAGCAUCUGUGCUCGGAUCCUGGCAUUCACUAACUCUUGUGUAAAUCCGUUUGCUCUCUACUUGCUCAGCAAGAGCUUCCGGAAACAGUUCAACAACCAGCUGUUCUGCUGCAGAGCUCGCCUCCUCAUCCGGUCCCAGAGCAUGGCGAGGAGUACCACACGAAUGACCUCCCUCAAGAGCACCAACCAUUCCCUGGCUACUUUCAGCCUUAUCAAUGGCAACCAUGUCUGCCACGAAGGCUAUGUCUAAAGGGCACAGUCAGGGAUGGCCGCAUCAUGUUCUUAGCAUUAGCUGCUUAGUUUUGCCCUGUGGGGAUGAUGAUUAGCAGACACACGCACACAUGCACACACACAUGCACACGUGCAUACAAGGAAGUCUGAUGUGUGCAGACUUGAAGAGGAGCUUGAAGCAUCCAACAUUUCAUCCUGUGCUAAGGUUGAAACAUCCAACAUUUCAUCUUGGACUGUGGCACCUCCAGAGCAGCAGAUCACUGACCACCAGCCUACAGGAGCUCCCUGGGAAGUGAUGCGCUGCUUCAAGAUAAACUGCUUUUAAUGAGAGGAAAGUGAGCAUCUUAAGAUCAAAUCCAGCUUGAUUCUGCAGGUUCUUCAUCACUUUCUGCUCAAUCCCAAACUCAGGCAGACUUACAGCAACAGUAACAAAGACCAUACCAGGUGCACGAAUUUGUCAGAAAAACUGCAUCCAGAAGUUCAUGGUAUAAUAUAUUUUGACACCAAAAUAAACACAUUUAGAUAAGGAAAAUACUUUUAUGAAGGAGUUCAAUGUAGGUCAUUUACAGACUUUUCAAGUAUUUAUUAAUGUUCUGAGUACAGUAUUAAUUCAUGGUAUAAAAGAUAUCAAGAGUUUACUGGGGCUUGUUGGUGGCCUCAUCUGAAAUGAGCAGUAUAUUGCACCACAUCAAUGUGAAAGCAGUAACGUGAAUAAAUGUGAGUUGGAAUAUG